GUUCCCCUCAAUUUUACCGAUUGUCAAGUACUUUACCUGCAGAAGGUUUGAGAGAAUAUUGGGAGGAGUCUUCCUAGGCCUGCAGGAGCAGGCUUCAAGGUAAAAGAGGAGUUUUACACAUAGAAGCCACUCCCAAACAGGAGGGGAAAACUGGGCAACGCGGGAGCAUCUUUGGCUACUGAGUAGCACGAGCAGAAGGUGAAGAGAUGUCAAGCCAAUAUGUGAAAGGAAAUACUGAUGAGGCUGACAAAUGUGAAAAUAAUGCUUCUACUGAUGAAAAAUGUGAGACAGAGAGUAAAUCAAAAGAGAAGGAGAAGGGAAAAAAGCUUGAAAAGGUCAGCCUAGUGGCUUUGUUUCGCUAUGCAGCUUGUGUAGACAAACUGCUGAUGGUGCUUGGCAGUUUAGCUGCUUUAAUUCAUGGAGCUGGCUUCCCUCUCAUGGUCAUAGUAUUUGGAGAGAUGACUGACAGCUUUAUCCAGAAUGAAAUUUCGGAAAACAUGAAAAAUUCAACUAUGAAUAUAACCACCGGUGCUUCAAAUACAUUGGAGGAGCAGAUGACAAGAUUUUCCUAUUAUUAUGUAGGAAUUGGGGCUGCUGUACUGGUUGCUGCCUAUAUCCAGAUUUCUUUCUGGUCACUGGCUGCAGCAAGGCAGACAAAGAAGAUAAGAAAGGCUUUUUUUCAUGCAAUAUUACGUCAGGAAAUAGGAUGGUUUGAUGUCAGUCAGAUUGGAGAGCUCAACACUCGUCUAACAGAUGAUAUCUCGAAAAUAAGUGAAGGAAUUGGUGAUAAAAUAGGCCUGCUCAUACAAUCGUUGGCCUCCUUUGUAGGUGGUUUUGUGGUUGGCUUUGUGAACGGAUGGAAGCUAGCACUGGUGAUUCUGGCUGUGAGCCCAGUUCUGGGAAUUUCUGCAGCACUCUGGUCCAAGCUGCUGACUUCAUUCACAAAACAAGAACAAAAUGCCUAUGCAAAAGCUGGAGCAGUGGCAGAGGAGGCAUUGUCAAGUUUCAGAACUGUGGUAGCUUUUGGGGGACAAAAGAAGGAAGUUGACAGGUAUCAAAAACAUUUAUUUGAUGCUAAAGACAUUGGAAUCAACAAGUCUAUUGUAAUGAGUGUAGCAGUGGGUUUCACCUUCUUAAUGAUCUAUGCAUCAUAUGCUCUGGCAUUCUGGUAUGGAAGUACCCUCAUAUUGAAUAAAGAGUACACCAUUGGAAAAAUGCUAACAGUGUUCUUUUCAAUCCUGAUUGGCGCAUUUGCCAUUGGCCAGACUUCACCAAACAUUGAAGCACUCGCCAGUGCAAGAGGAGCAGCAUAUGUGGUCUUCCAAAUCAUGGAUCAGGAACCAUUAAUUGAUAGUUUUUCAGCAAAUGGACAUAAACCUAGUCAAAUUAAAGGAGAUGUGGAAUUUAUAAAUGUGCACUUCAAAUACCCUUCACAGCCCGAUGUUGAGAUAUUGAAAGGACUGCACCUGAAGUUGAAAAGCGGGCAAACAAUUGCUCUAGUUGGCAGCAGUGGCUGUGGAAAGAGCACCACCAUCCAGCUUCUACAGAGAUUCUAUGACCCUGCAGAUGGAAUGAUUCUGCUUGAUGGACACGAUAUCCGAACGUUGAAUGUUAUGCAUCUCAGGGAAAUGAUUGGGGUCGUGAACCAGGAACCUAUCCUCUUUGCUACCACGAUAGCUGAAAACAUUCGCUAUGGUCGUGAAGAUGUCAGCAUGACGGAGAUUGAAGAAGCUACCAAGGAAGCUAAUGCCUAUGAUUUCAUUAUGAAAUUGCCAAAAAAAUUUGAAACAUUAGUUGGGGAAAGAGGCACACAACUAAGCGGAGGUCAGAAGCAAAGAAUUGCCAUUGCACGUGCUCUGGUACGCAAUCCCAAGAUUCUGCUGCUGGAUGAAGCUACGUCUGCAUUAGAUGCUGAGAGUGAAGCUACUGUUCAAGUUGCUCUUGAUAAGGUACGGAAAGGCCGCACUACUAUAGUUAUUGCUCACCGUCUGUCAACAGUCCAAAAUGCAGACAUCAUUGCAGCAUUGCAGGAUGGUGUAAUUGCAGAGAUAGGAACCAAUGAAGAACUGAUGGAGGCAAAGGGAAUUUAUUAUGCAUUAGUCACCUUGCAGACAUUUAAGAGUGAAGACAAUGAGUUGUUUGAUGGGGAAAAUGAAUUGAUUAUUGAGAAUAAUGAACCUGAACUUGAGAUCAUUAGAACCACGAAGCCACUGCGAAGGCAGUCAACACGAGUUAGCAUGAAAAAGACAGAAACAGCUACAGACAAAAAGGACACCGAUGUCAUUCAGCAGAAUGAAAAACUUCCCAACAUGUCCUUUUUGCAUAUCCUUAAGAUGAACAAGACUGAAUGGCCUUAUAUACUUGUGGGAACUUUCUGUUCUCUUAUAAAUGGUCUCCUGCAGCCAGCCUUUGCUGUGAUAUUUUCAGAAAUUAUAGCAGUUUUUGCUAAUAGGGACAAGGGUUAUGUUCGCCAUCAGAGUACACUUUUUUCUCUGUUAUUUUUGGCACUUGGAGGUAUCACCUUCAUCGCACUUUUUAUCCAGGGUUUCACAUUUGGCAAAUCUGGAGAGAUACUGACAAUGAGAUUACGAUACAUGGCUUUUAAGACAAUGAUGAGACAGGAUAUCAGCUGGUUUGAUGAUUCUAAGAACAACACUGGAGCAUUGACUACCAGACUGUCUACUGAUGCGUCUCAAGUUAAGGGGGCUACUGGUGUCAGACUUGGCUUGAUGGCACAGAAUAUAGCUAAUCUUGGAUGUGCAAUUAUUAUUGCUUUCAUCUAUGGCUGGCAGCUGACACUAUUGAUCUUGGCCAUUGUGCCAGUCCUGGCAGUAGCAGGAUUGAUACAAAUGAGGAUGCUCACUGGACAUGCCAGCAAGGACAAGGAAGAACUCGAGAAAUCUGGAAAGAUUGCUACAGAGGCAGUUGAAAACAUUCGAACAGUUGUAGCUCUAACAAGAGAAAGGAGGUUUGAACAAAUGUAUGAAGAAAGCUUGCAAGUUCCUAGCAGGAAUGCAAAAAAGAAGGCUCACAUUUAUGGAAUCACCUUUGCACUUUCACAAGCAAUUCUAUACUUCGCUUAUGCAGCAUGUUUUCAGUUUGGGGCCUGGCUGGUCACAAAUAAUCAUAUGGUUUUCCGGGAUGUUAUGCUCGUAUUUUCAGCAAUUGUAUUUGGAGCUAUGGCUUUGGGACAGACCAGCUCGUUUGCACCUGACUAUGCAAAGGCCAAGAUGUCAGCAGCCCACAUCAGGAUGCUACUUGAGCAAAUGCCUUCUAUAGACAGCUAUAGUGAUGCUGGUAGUGUUCCCAGUUCAUUUGAUGGAGUAGUCAAGUUUGAAGGUGUUGGCUUUAAUUAUCCUACUCGCCCUGAUGUGACUGUGUUGCAAGGUUUGACAGUUUCAAUUGAAAAGGGACAAACCUUGGCUCUAGUGGGCAGUAGUGGCUGUGGGAAAAGCACCACUGUUCAGCUGCUGGAGAGGUACUACGACCCUCUAUAUGGAAAAGUGCUUUUAGAUGAGCACAAUUUGAAGGACCUCAAUAUCCAGUGGACUCGGGCACAGAUUGGUAUUGUGUCCCAAGAACCUGUUUUGUUUGCCUACAGUAUUGCUGAGAACAUUGCCUAUGGAGACAACAGUAGGGUUGUGUCCCAGGAGGAGAUAGAGGCUGCAGCCAGAGCAGCAAACAUACAUUCCUUUGUUGAAAGACUCCCGCAGAAAUAUGAUACAUGUGUAGGAGAUAAGGGUGCCCAGCUAUCUGGGGGUCAGAAACAGCGUGUUGCCAUUGCCCGAGCAUUAGUCCGAAACCCCAGGAUCCUUCUCCUAGAUGAAGCUACUUCAGCACUUGAUGCAGAAAGUGAAAUGGUUGUUCAAGAGGCACUGGACAAAGCAAGAGAGGGUCGUACCUGCAUUGUAAUAGCUCAUCGCCUGUCCACCAUCCAAAAUGCCAAUAAAAUAGCAGUGCUUAAUAACGGCCGGAUUGCAGAAGAAGGAACUCACCAUCAACUUAUUGCUAACCAGGCUCUUUAUCACAGUCUAGUGAUGGCACAAAUGGGACGAAACUGAGUGACUUAAGGAAAGUAAUAGAAUAUGAAAUAACCACCAAUGCAAUUAUUCAAAAAGUAUCAUUUGUAGUUUCAUUGUAAUUUCUGUUAAAUACCAAUAAAAAUAAACCCAUGGAACAA